AUGGAUAUGGAGGAUGGAUGUAUGGUAACAGAGUACGACCGCCGAAUGAAUGGAGUUGAAGGUGGAAAACAGAUAGAGCUUGCACUUGGAGACUUGGAAAGAAUCGUGAAUAACCCGAAGGUCACCUUGGAGACUUUUCUUCUGAUGCUCAUGAACUAUGAUGACAUGGAAGUUCGCAAGAAGCGGUACGAAGAGCUCAGUGAAAAAUUCCAAAAGUGGAGCUGGGCAAAAGUUGAGACUCUGAUGUUUGGAGGGUUACAGUUCAAAGAAGUUGGAUCGAUUCUAACCAACUUUGAUGCCAAAAAUCUGAAAAAGAUUCAAAUGGACCUGUUCGAUGAGGAAAUCGGAAAGGAAGUAGCUGAGGAAGUCGCGGAUUUGGAGCAAUGGAAAAAUGCAAAAGUUAUUGGGCUUAAUGAGGGCUGCAAAUUGGAUCUAGGCAUUGCCAACUUCCUUCAUUUCGAUGAGCUUACUGUGGCAUUGAAGAGAUUUACAGUUGAGGACGCAGUUACUGUUAGAGAGAAGCUUCUCAAAACCGCUGCCAACACUAUGGAAAUUGCUCAGGUCUUUGAGCAACAAUACACCCCCAAACGCCGUGAUCAAAUACUCUGUAGACGAAGCGGAUUUCAAUAUUGA